AUAAAUAAACGUCAGCAUCAGCGGUUGGCUGUCAGUUUUCUACACGUUCUAUUUAUCAGCUAGCUGUUCCCAUUUACCGGUGUAAGGAUUGUUGUUUUAAUCAUGGUUAAUUCAUACUCAUGGGUAAACCAUUUUCAAGCAUUUGUAUUGAUUAUUUUCACAUUUGUUAUAUCCGCUCAGUCUGACGUUCCUAGACCGCGCGGUGUUUCUUUAUCCAAAGCGUCACUGUAUUCCCCUACGAAAGACUUUACAUGUUUUGAUGGAACUGUGACAAUCCCAUUUAAUUAUGUUAACGAUGAUUACUGCGAUUGUUUCGACGGCAGCGAUGAGCCGGGAACAUCGGCUUGCUUGAAUGGAGUUUUCCAUUGCACAAACGCUGGUCACCGGCCGGAAAACAUCCCAAGCUCUCGUGUUAACGACGGUGUAUGUGAUUGCUGCGAUGGAACAGACGAAUAUGCUCAACCCGAAACGUGCAAAAACACAUGUGAGGAAAUGGGAAGGGAAGCCAGAGCUGAAGCGCAACGUUUGGCUGAUCUACAUAAAGCUGGGAAUCAUUUACGACUUGAAUUAAUAGAGAAAGGAAAUAAAAAGCGAAAUGAAAUGGCUGAGCAACUUUCUCAAUUGGAGAAAGAUAAAACUGAAGCAAUAAAAAUUAAGGAGGAAAAAGAGUCCCUGAAAAAUCAGUUAGAGGCUAAAGAAAACGAAGUUCUGCAGGUGUACAGAGAUGCAGAAGAGAAGGAAAGAAAGAGAAAAGCAGAAGAAGAAAAGGAAGCACUCAUCAAGGAGGGCACAGAAUAUUUCUCUAUGUUUGAUACAAAUGAUGACAAUGUGUUAACAGUAGAUGAAGUAAAAGUUGUUAAUGCUUUUGAUAAAAAUAAGGACGGUGAAGUGGACCAGGAAGAAAUUCAAUAUUUCUUAGGCACCAAUGAAAGUGUAGACAAAGAAACCUUCCUAUCUACAACUUGGCCCAUGCUAAAACCUUUUGCUAUGUCAGAGCAAGGUGUCUUCCAACGGGGUGAUGAAAAUGAGGAACUUGAUGAUCAAGAUACAGACGAGGCUACAAGAGAUAUAGAAACUGAUGAAGGUGACAAUGAAGAGGAAAAUGCUGAAGAUGAUCUACCACAAGAUGUAGAUCAGGAAGUGGAACCUGAGAGUAGUCGAAUCUAUGAUGAUGAGACCCAAAAAAUAGUUGAUGAAGCUUCUGAAGCACGUCGCCAAUGGACAGAUGCAGAAAGAGCAGUUCGGGAGAUUGAGUCAAACAUCAGAAACUUCCAACAAAAUCUAGAGAAAGAUUAUGGUCUCCAACAAGAAUAUGCUACUCUAGAUGGACAGUGCUUAGAGUAUGAGGAUAAGGAAUAUGUUUAUAAGCUAUGUUUAUUCCAGAAGGUAACGCAGAAAUCGAAGAAUGGGGGAGCAGAGGUUGGUCUUGGUAACUGGGGUGAAUGGGCAGGUGAAGAUAAUAAGAAGUAUUCAGUGAUGAAGUAUACCAAUGGCAUUGCCUGCUGGAACGGGCCAAAUAGAAUGACAACAGUAAAUAUACAUUGUGGUUUAGAAACCAAGAUGUUAUCAGUCUCAGAACCCUACCGUUGUGAAUACAAUAUAGAGCUGGCCACACCAGCGGCAUGUGAUGACUCAAAUGCAUCACAGCAGCAAUCGCAUGAUGAACUCUAAUUAUAAGUUGCAUAAAUGUGAAUGUUUCACAUCCCAUUGUGAUGUUUUGCCACAAGUGUUAUGUAAAAGUUGGAAAUUACCAUUUUUACUAAAGAAAUGUGAGAUCAUAAUUUGAUCAGUCCUACUAUUAGAUAAUUCAUACAAAUUAGAAAGACUUAAGUGCUAAUAAUAAUUUGGUUUUGUAAUUAAUUUAUUAAGCUUUGUGGCACUUAUCUAUUUUCAUCAUAUUUAUUUUAAGUAACAGAUUAUUAUUGCAUUUCAAUUAUAAUGUAGUGUAUCCUACUGUAGAUGUACAAUGUUUUGAAGACUGAAGUCACAAGAGUAUGGUAACAUAAACACAUUCCUCAAGUAAGGCUGUAAUAAUACAAAUAGAAGGAUAUAAUCAAUGAAGUUGAACAAAACAUUGUAAAUGAUCAAUAAAAUAUUGUUUUUGAUUAUAACA